GCAGCGCGCGCAGGGGGCAGCGCCGGACGCAGCGCAGGGCAGAGCCGCCCUCAGCCCGCUCCAAGCCCGACUCCGCCUCCCCGGCUUUAAGGAUGGAACUGCUCUGGCUUCCUGCAUUGUUCCUGCUCGUUGGUCCCCCCAAAAGCAGUGCCUCGGAACGCUGUGAUGACUGGGGGCUGGACACCAUGCGGCAGACUCAGGUGUACGAGGGGGAGCCGGCCUACAUCCAGUGCCCACUCUUUGAGCACUUCUUGAAGUUCAACUACAGCACUGCCCACUCAGCGGGUCUGACCCUCAUCUGGUAUUGGAUCGGGCAAGACCAGGACCUGGAGGAACCCAUCAACUUCCGUCUCCCCGACAACCGCAUCAGCAAGGAGAAGGACCUGGUUUGGUUCCGGCCGGCGCUGCUCAAUGACACGGGCAACUACACCUGCAUGCUAAGAAAUACCACCUACUGCAGCAAAGUCGCCUUCCCCUUGGAAGUCAUUCAGAAGAACGACUGUUUCCAAUCAGCAAUGAAAAUGCCCAUGGAGUAUUUGUACCUGGAGCAUACCCUGCAGGUUGUAAAGUGCCCGAACAUAGAGGGAUUUUUCCCUUCCAGUGUUAAGCCAAAGGUCACCUGGUACAUGCGCUGUACAAGAGUGAACAACUUUGAUAAAGUGGAAGUGAAUGGCACCGAGCUCAUUUUUACCUAUGUCCUGACAGCCAAUGCCGCAAACUACACGUGCGUUGUGACCUAUCCGGAGAACGGGCGCACCUUUAACCUCACCCGAACUGUGGAGGUGAGGGUGGUAGCCUCUCCACUUCACGCCACACGCCCUGAGAUUUUUUCUCCCAACGACAACAUAAUUUAUGACAAGGAACCAGGUGAAGACCUUGACCUUCCCUGUAAAGUCAGUUUUUCCUUCUUGAAAGACUCAAAGAAUGAGAUUUGGUGGACCAUUGAUGGAAGGAAGCCUGAUGAUUCCAUGAAUAUAACAAUUAACCAAAGCGAGACUGUCUCAGUUAUUGGAAACAAAAUGAUAACCAGGAUAUUGAGCAUCAAAAAAGUGACCUCUGAUGACCUGAAGCGCAACUACACUUGUCAUGCAAGAAAUGCCAAAGGCGAAUCAGUGAAGCAAGCCAUCGUCAAACAGAUAGUUGUACCUCCAAGAUACACCGUGGAACUGGCCUGUGGAUUUGCAGUGACAAUUGUGCUCAUCAUCAUUCUGAUUGUGGUCUACCACGUCUACUGGCUUGAGAUGGUCUUGUUCUACCGGGCUCACUUUGGGACAGAUGAAACCAUUUUAGAUGGGAAGGAGUAUGAUAUUUAUGUUUCAUAUGCACGGAAUGCUGAAGAAGAGGAAUUUGUCCUUCUGACCCUUCGUGGAGUCUUGGAAAAUGAAUUUGGAUACAAGCUUUGCAUCUUUGACAGAGAUAGCCUGCCUGGAGGAAUUGUCACAGAUGAGACUCUGAGCUUCAUUCAGAAAAGCAGACGCCUGCUGGUUGUCCUGAGUCCCAACUACAUCCUCCAGGGGACCCAGAGCCUCCUGGAGCUCAAAGCUGGCCUAGAAAGCAUGGCCUCUCGGGGCAGCAUCCACGUCAUUUUAGUGCAGUACAAAGCGGUCAAGGAGAGCAAGGUGAAGGAGCUGAAGCGGGCCCAGACGGCACUCACAGUCAUUAAGUGGAAAGGAGACCAGUCCAGGUAUCCCCAGGGCAGGUUCUGGAAGCAGCUGCAGAUGGCCAUGCCUGUGAAGAAGAGGCCGGCUCGCUCCAGCAGCCAGGAGCACGGCCUCUCCUAUUCUUCCUUAAGGAACGUCUGAGCACAGAGAGCUGGGACAGUGGGAUGGAGACCAGGUCCUUCUGGGUGUUAGGUCAGACGGGGCUCCCUUUGUGGGGAGAACUUCAGGGAGGGCGGUCCCCCUUCCCCCUCCAGCAAAUAGAAGAGAUAGGAACUGGGCUGCCUUAGGAUGAUUGGAGCAGAUGCUUUGACCUCUGGAGAGAGCGCCCGGCUUAGGAUGACUGUUUGCAGAAGGCGGACCGUAUCACCCACAGGCAGUGUCCAGGAAAGGUCCUGCCUGGGGGGACUUUUCAGCCUGGUUGAAAAAACAACCAAACCUACAAAAACUCACUUCUUUGGAUUCCAUCUCUGAUCCCUCCCCCCCAAAAAAAAUCAAACUCUUCCCAGCUCCCCAAGCUCCUUUCUUUGAAACGGACAGUCCAAGAGAUAGACAUGGGGAUGAGUUUGGUUACUUGGUUCCUCAUUUUUUGCUACUCAUUCUUUGAGAACAGACUCCAAGGGCUUUAAAAGAGCACCAGAAGUCUGGCUUUUGGCUUCUGGCUUCUGCUACUGCACCCAUCCCAAACCUCACUAACUUAGCACCCUUAACAAGUCUUACCUCAGAAGCCAGGGCAGCCGGGAACCUCCCCCCUUACCACCCUUCAUGGGGCUGGCCCAUGAGUCUCUGACUCCUCAGCACCCAUAGGUGAGGGCUGUUCUUUCAGAAGAGCUGAAAUCAUCACUCGUGACUCCCAUGUCUAAUGGUGCUUUCUGAUUUACAAAAAGCUUUCCUUGCAUUUUCUCCUUGGAGCCUUGUAGCUACUGUUAGCUGGCAUUACGGACACUAUCAUACCCAUAUUGCAGAUGGGGGAGACAGAGGUUAAGGCUAAGGGGUCAAAUCAGGACGAGAAGUCGAGUCUAAUCUGAUGCUCCCCUUCACUUACUGACUUCCUUGGGAUGCACUAAUAAUUUUAUUUUUAUUAUUUUUUGUUAUUAAAUUUAAGGCCAGUGACUUCUGGGUACAUACCACUGAUCCUAUUUGUAGGAUCUCCUAGAUCCUAUUAGAAAUCUACUAUGGAUUCUGGGAAUCCAGGAUAAGAAGUUUUUAGAUAAGAGUACUUUUGUCUAGGAAAAAAAACACACACACGCAAAAGGCCAUCUUUUCAAGGGGUUGUCUAGUUCCUCAAGUACAGCCCCCGAUUCUGUACUUUUUGUCCACUUAGAGGGAGGAGCCCUACUUUCCCUUGGCCAGUGCCUUCUAGCUCGUCACCUCUGGACUAUCUCCACAUGUGCCCAGAGCACCUCCAUCAUGGGAAUAAUGACUUUAAAUAUACAUAUGUAUAUAAAGCUACUAUACAACGUGUAUGUGUAUAAGGUCUUUGCUCCCAUGUGGUAAGUAUUUCGUACCACAAGUAGAGUGAUCUCUGGUAAAAUAACAUAUCUGGCUAAGGAGCUUGGCCAAAGUCACACGGUAGGAAGGAGCGGAUCUGGGAUUCUGGUCCGCGUGCUCUGUGGCCAAAUUCCCUCUGCCUGCUCCUUCCUCCAGAAGUGGCAGGGGAAGGAGCCUUCUAGCUAAUUUUGGCUGCAACUUAUAUUUCCGUAUUCCUUUUUCUCCUCGUUGAUGCUUUGGUGAGCGCUGCCCACCCCAUCAUACCCUCGUAAGCCUAGAUCACCAGUUCUGAAUCCCUGGCUCUCCAUCAUUGCAUUGUAGAGGUAACAAUGUCGACAUCAUCUUUGUUUCCAAGUCUUGUGCCAUAGAUAGGGCUCCUCCAACCAUUAGAAAGAUCACAUCAGCCAACCAGCCCUCGAUGUGGACCAGUGCUGAAUCCGUACUGGCCCCGGUGAAAGAAAUAGAAACAUCCCCUGUAUCCUAGACCCGACUGCCCAUCAGUCAUCGGGACAGGAGUCUACUGGAGAUCCUUUUCUUGAUCUGUUGACAUAGAUGAGACACUAGACUUCUGUGUAUAAAUUAGCGAGACUCAUUGUCCAUGAAGCAGCCCGCCCCUGUAUUCCAGGUGUCCUGACCUCCUUGGUUUUAGAUUAUUGGCUGUUGUCCUGGAAUUAAACUAGUCCAAAUGCAACCUCUUAAAUAUCGCUGCUGGUUGUGCUGCUGCUUAUAAAGUAACAUUGAGAGUUUGGUCUCUAAUUUUUGCCCCAAAAAGGAACAGGCAGAGAGUGGGUUUGUGUGGGCUUUGGCGGGGACGGGGAUGGGAAGAGGGCCAUUAUGAACAGGAAAAGGGCUAUUUUUGCAAGUACAAGGUCUUUUUGAAUCCAAAUGGACCCAGAGCCCUAGAAAAGAUAAGUUAUGAUAACCAGUACCUUAGAAAUGAACCAUAUUCCCUUUUGUAACUUAGCAGUUGACAGAAAGCUAAAUCUAAUCAGAUAGAUUAGCCGUUUGACGCAGUUUUACUUGUUCAUUGAAUAUUUUCUUUCUGUAUGUUUUCAUAUUUUGAGAUUUUUACAAUCUCUGUAUUUUUGUAUUUUUGUUUGUUUUAUAAAUUUGUUUAUUUUUAAAAUAAACCAUUUAUUUUCCAUUUUGAA